CAACUUUGGUGGACCAUGUCAUCAACCAUGGCCUGACUAUGAGGGAAGCUGGGCAGAGAGUCCACCCACAUCUAAGCCGCUUCACAGUGGCAUCUAUAAUACGAACAUUCCGACUAGAAAACAGAAUGACCCGGAGACCUUCUGGGGGUGGACGGCAACGCCUGUUCACACAACAGCAGGAACUUGCCGUUGUGGACCUAGUGAGGGCAGACAAUGCCAUCCGUCUCCACCAGCUACGACGGAAAAUACUUGCAGACAGGCGAGUGUUCAGCAACAUAGACCAUGUGAGCAUCACCACCAUCAGACGCAUCUUGGGUAAACACAGCAUCACCAUGAAGCAGCUCUACAGAGUCCCAUUCGAGAGGAACAGUGACAGGGUCAAAGGACUUCGAGCUGAAUAUGUACGGAGGAUCAUGGCCAUGGAUGGAGCUGCACAGCCUCAUGAAUACAUUUUCAUUGAUGAAGCUGGAUUCGACCUGAGCAAAACAAGACGACGGGGUCGUAAUGUAAUUGGCCAAAGGGCAAUUGUGCACGUCCCAGGGCAGCGCGGGGGAAACAUCACAUUAUGUGCCGCCAUAUGCCUUCGAGGACUUCUGCACCAUCAUGCAAUGCUAGGUCCAUACAAUAGCCAACACAUACUCACAUUUCUAGAUGCUCUCCAUAACAUAGUUGUACAGAACAGACCAGAUCAGCCCAGGUUUGUGGUGAUAUGGGAUAAUGUCAGUUUCCAUCGGGCUGCUCUGGUCCAGGCCUGGUUCACCGACCACAAUCAAUUUGAAGUGGUAUACUUGCCCCCUUACUCACCAUUUUUAAACCCUAUUGAGGAAUUUUUUUCGGCUUGGAGAUGGCGAGUAUAUGACCGCCAACCACAUGCCCGCAUGCCUCUUCUGCAGGCAAUGGAACAGGCCUGCGGCGACAUUGAGGUGACAGCGAUCCAUGGAUGGUUUCGGCAUGCAAGAGGGUAUUUUCCCCGGUGCCUAGCGGGAGAGGACAUAGCUUGCGAUGUUGAUGAGGUCCUGUGGCCAGACCCCAACAGACGGCGGGAUCCAUGAGCCCACUUAUGCACACUUGUCAUGGUUUUUUGUGUUUACAGUAUAGUGUUUUUUCUAUUGCAGUAUUAUUGUGUUGUGGUUUUUUUUUUUUUUUUGCUUCAUCUGAAUUCAUGGUACUGCAAUGUACACUAUUGAGUAGGUCUAUUUGCGUUUUUGGUUGUUUGGAAAUGUGUCUCCUGUAAAUGUGCCUUCUGAAUACACAAUGGAAUUCAAGGACUGCAGUGUUUUAUGUAAAGAAGACUAGUGUGUUCCCCCUGAUCUGUAAGUGUUUGCAUAUGAUGCAAGUAUGUGUCAUUUUGUCAACAGAGUUACAUUUUGACAGAGGAAUGUUAGGUUUUGACAGCAGAGUUUAGGUUUUGGGAGUGGAGUUUCAUUUUGGCACAGAUGUGUAUGGUAUAUUUCCCAGUGUUGUGUCGUGUUUACUUGUGUUUAGAGUUUUGGCACAAUGAGCGACGUUUUGCAAAAUGUGUUCA